AUGUCUACAAAGACUACUUCUUCUGAGGUGUCAGCAAUGGAGCUUAGCUCGAAUGGCCUUGACGGCUACACAAACGCGGUGUAUUUCACCAACUGGGCCAUCUAUGGCCGAAAUUACCAGCCUCAGGAUCUGCCAGCUUCCCAGAUCACCAACGUCCUUUACGCUUUCAUGAAUCUGAGGCCCUCGGGAGAAGUGUACUCCGCUGAUACAUACUCCGAUUUGGAGAAACAUUACCCCACUGAUUGUAAGCUUGGAACUUCGCGCAUGACCUUGAUUUUUAGGUUCUCACCAUUUCCAGCUUGGAAUGACGUCGGCAACAAUGCAUACGGUUGCGUCAAACAGCUCUACCUGCUGAAGAAAGCAAAUCGCCGUAUGAAAGUCAUGCUUAGCAUCGGCGGUUGGACUUGGUCGACCAACUUUCCAGCUGCGGCUAGCACUCCUGAAGGCAGAUCGCUAUUCGCGAAAUCCUCGGUGACCCUCAUGAAAGACUGGGGAUUUGAUGGUAUUGACGUGGAUUGGGAGUACCCCGCAAACGCUACCGAGUCAAGCAACUUCAUCUUGCUUCUCCAAGCAGUCCGAGCUGAGCUGGACGCGUAUGCCGCGCAGUAUGCGCCUGGAUACCACUUCCUCUUGACCAUUGCUUCGCCUGCGGGACCGAGCCACUACAACGUCCUGAAUCUCAAGGGUAUCUCGGACGUGAUCGAUGCUUUCAACCUAAUGGCGUAUGACUUUGCUGGCUCUUGGGACGCCAACAGCGGACAUCAGGCCAACCUGUACCCAAACCCAGGAAACCCAUCCGCAACCCCGUUCUCAGCCGAUGCAGCAGUGACAGACUACCUUCGUGCAGGUGUUCCAGCUUCGAAGAUUGUCCUCGGCAUGCCAAUCUACGGUCGCUCCUUCCAGCAGACUAACGGAAUCGGACAGCCGUUUUCGGGUGUCGGCAGCGGAUCAUGGGAGAACGGCGUUUGGGAUUACAAAGUUUUACCACGCCCCGGAGCAACGGAGCUUUUUGAUUCUACCGCAGUAGCAUCUUACAGCUACGAUGCCGGUAGCCGGGAGCUCAUUUCUUAUGAUACGCCAGCCGUAGUGCGGGCCAAGGUGUCGUAUCUGCAGAGUAAAGGGCUCGGAGGCUCAAUGUUCUGGGAGGCCAGUGGAGACAGGAAAGACGGCGGAAGUCUUCUCAAGACGAGCUUCGACUCUCUUGGUGGUGCCAGCGGGCAGGAUAAGAGCGAGAAUUUGUUGAGCUAUCCCAACAGCAAGUACGAUAAUAUCCGACAGGGCGUGCCCGGAGGCUAG